AUGUCGUCCAUGCGUGGGCUGGUCCAGUUCAUUGCGGACCUCCGCAACGCCCGCGCCCGAGAGCUCGAAGAGAAGCGAAUCAACAAAGAACUGGCCAACAUCCGGUCCAAGUUCCGCGGCGAGAAACUUGACGGCUACCAGAAAAAGAAAUAUGUCUGCAAACUGCUGUACAUCUACAUUCAGGGAUACAACGUCGACUUUGGCCAUCUGGAGGCCGUCAACCUCAUCUCGGCCACCAAAUAUUCGGAGAAGCAGAUUGGUUAUUUGGCUGUGACGCUGUUUUUGCACGAGCAGCACGACUUGCUGCAUCUGGUGGUGAACAGCAUUCGGAAAGACCUGACGAACCACAAUGAACUCAACAAUUGUUUGGCCCUGCACGCCGUCGCCAACGUCGGUGGGAGAGAGAUGGGUGAAGCCCUCACCGCCGAUGUCCACAGACUACUCAUUGCACCCACGUCCAAAGCGUUCGUCAAGAAGAAGGCUGCCCUGACGCUGCUUCGACUGUACCGAAAACACCCUGACAUUAUCCAACAAGAGUGGGCGGAGCGCAUGAUUUCACUCAUGGAUGAUCCGGACAUGGGUGUUGUCCUGUCGGUCACCUCUCUCAUCCUGGCUCUGGUUCAGGAUAAUCCAGAAGCAUACAAGGGGAGCUACAUCAAAGCCGCGCAACGAUUGCGGAAGGUCGUGAUUGAGAACGAGGUCUCGCCAGAUUAUCUCUAUUACAAGGUCCCCUGCCCCUGGAUACAGGUCAAAUUCCUCAAACUGCUCCAGUUCUAUCCCCCUUCAGAUGACACCUACAUUCGCGGCAUCAUCCGCGAAUCUCUUGCAGCCAUCCUCCAGGCUGCCAACGAAAUGCCCAAAAAUGUACAACAGAACAACGCUCAAAAUGCUGUGCUCUUUGAAGCCAUCAACCUCCUCAUCCAUCUCGACUCUGAGUCAAACCUCAUGAUUCAGAUCUCCUCCAAAUUGGGCCGUUACAUUCAGUCACGCGAGACCAAUAUACGAUACCUCGGGCUUGACGCCAUGACUCAUUUCGUUGCCCGUUCAGACACGCUCGAUCCCAUAAAACGACAUCAGAACGUUAUUAUCGGCUCACUACGCGACCGAGACAUCAGUGUGCGGCGGAAAGCCCUGGAUCUCGUGUACAGCAUGUGUGACACAUCAAAUGCACAGCCGAUUGUCAACGAGCUCAUGCGCUAUCUGACAUCCGCCGACUAUUCGAUACGAGAGGAGAUGGUCCUGAAAAUUGCAAUUCUUACCGAAAAGUAUGCCACCGAAGCUCAAUGGUACAUUGAUGUUUCGUUACGAUUGCUUGCCUUGGCUGGCGACCAUGUUAGUGACGAAGUGUGGCAGCGUGUCGUACAAAUUGUCACGAAUAACGAGGAACUGCAAGCGUAUGCUGCGCAGAACAUUCUCGAGUAUAUGAAAACGGAGAACUGCCACGAUACUCUGGUUAAGAUCGGUGGAUAUCUGCUGGGCGAGUUCGGCCACCUGAUUGCGGACACCAAGGGAUGCAGUCCCAUUGAGCAGCUAAUGGCAUUGCAGUCGAAGAUGCUCACUUCUCCCGAUGGCACUCGAGCACUGAUUCUGUCCACCUUUGUCAAAUUCGUCAACCUGUUUCCCGAAAUCAAGCCACAAUUACUUCAAAUGUUUAACUUCUACAGCUACUCGCCGGACUCUGAGCUACAGCAGCGAGCCUGCGAGUACCUUGGAUUGGCCAAUAUGCCUACCGACGACCUACUCCGCACUGUUUGCGACGAGAUGCCGCCCUUCUCGGAACGUGCGUCAAUCCUCCUACAACGUCUCCACAAGAAGAGCGCCGGUACCAGUGAGCGCCGCACGUGGCUGGUUGGUGGCAAAGACGCCAACGCCGACAAGCAGGAAGUUAUCCUUGCGCAGAAUACUGGUUUGAAGCGGACCUUCACCACCAUCGUCAACGGCGGGAAACCGCAGGCUAAUGGUAACACCAACAAGGCUCUCCCGCCUACCAAUGGUCACUCGGCUUCAUCCGACCUUAUGGGUCUGGAGAUGAAUGGCUCUCCAGCCGCACCGAAUCUGGCUUCGGCAGCACAUCUCUCGCCGGAUUGGCAACCAGGUUUUAAUCGCCUCUACUACGAUAAUGAGGGUGUAUUGUUCGAAGAUGCUCAGAUCCAAGUGGGCGUCCGUGCAGAGUUCCGGGCUCAUCUGGGUGUCGUUAAGCUCUACUUUUCCAACAAGUCGUCAUUCGCGAUUGGCUCAUUCACCGUCACGAUCGACAACCCAUACAAAGAGGCAUUACGCAUCGACACCAAGUCCAUGGCCGACAACAAUGUCGAAGCCAAUGGACAGACGGUCAUGACGGUCGUUAUCACCUCACUCAAACCCUUCCCAGACGCACCCACCAUGCGCGUCAGCUACCUCGCCGGCGCGCUACAAGCAUACACACUGAAACUGCCCGUCCUGCCCCAUCGGUAUAUGGACCCGAGCGACCUGAACGCAGAAGACUUCUUCAAGCGAUGGCGGCAGAUUGGAAAUGCCAACGGCAUGGAAGCCCAGGCCACGUUCGAAGUCAAGGACAAAGUCCGCGGCAUUCGCGACGCCGAUACGGUGGCGGUGCUGAAGGGCUUUGGGUUCCGACUGUUGGAAGGCGUGGAUCCCAACGCUGCGAAUAAGGUCGGCUGUGGUGUCUAUCAGGUCGAGGGCGGGAAGAUGGGCUGCUUGAUGCGGUGUGAGCCCAACACGGGCGAUAAGAUGUACCGCCUCACCAUCCGCGCGACGCAGGAUAGCGUGCCGGCCGUUCUGCUGGGCUUGAUGAAAGAGCGUCUGGCGUUGGGGGCGUAG